AAGCUGGUUAAAUUCAAUUCGCGUAAGCGUUAAGUAAAAACACUCACUGUGGAAUUGCGCAUAAAUACAUAUAUCGUGUGCAAAUCGGUGAGAAAAUUAUAAAGGAAUCGACGCCUAUCAGCCAGGGGUAAACGAGGAACGGAGAUGCCCUUUUAUGGACUAUAUGUGCCUGGAAAGGAAGUCGACACCCCAUAUGUAUUUAGUAGCAAAAGUGAAGCGCUGGAUGUGCUGAAACUGCACAAAGAGGCGCGUCUACGUGAAUUUAGUAUUGAAAGUGAUGCCCUUAAAUUUGCACAAACUGGCUACGAGGUGGUAGCGCCACCGCGUCAUGCCGACGCCAAAUCUUCUAUUGUUGUGGAAAAAGCUGCAUUUCGUGGCCCCACCAAACAGGAAUUGAUUGAAUUUCGAAAAGUAAUCGAAUCAGGCGAUUGUGAACGCGUUAAAAAUAUGAUUUGGGAUAAUCCACGAUAUUUGGUGAGCGCUGGCGACACCCCCACCACACUUAAAGAGGGAUAUCGCUAUAAUGCCAUGCACAUAUGUGCUAUUUCCAAGAAGCCGCGCAUAGCUGAACUAAUUUUGAAGACAGUAAGCGAUACAAAAUUUGUUGAUUUGCUUACGGGAAAGAAAAACGACGAGAAAAUGUGCAAGGAAUUGUGUGUGAAUUUAUUGGACUAUUAUCUAAACAUACCAGAGAAGGGACGUAGCGAAACACCAUUACAUUUGGCUACAAAGAACGGCGCUGCUGAGAUGGUAGAGGUUUUGACAUCAUUUCCGGAAUGUAAAAUGACGCGUAACUCAGAGGGACUAUAUCCGAAAGAUAUAAUUUGCUCCCGAGUUUCAAAUCCUCCACCCGAAUUGGCAAAAAAGAUUGAGGCUCUAUUAGAAGAGCGUUUUUACGUGCCUGUUUUACGUUCUGCGGAUAAUGUUAUACCGCCAAAAGUUGGACAACCAUUUUCUUCCAGCAAUCCCCCGAAUCUCAACUGUGAUCCACUAAGUGCUGAAGUAAAAAUCGAAGCUUUAGCUGGCCCCAUGAACAAGGAGCAAGCCACUCAAUUUUGUCGCCGUUGGAAAACGCCUCCACGGCUUGGCAGCAACACAUCUUCCCCAGUUGCAUGCAAUUUAUUCAUAUCGCCGGUAAAAUCUCGCUGCUCUAACAGUACACCAUCUAAAACAUCGCUCACAAAUACCAGUAACGGUAGUCCCAAUAUCGGCACACCAAUUAUGAAAGCUAAUCGACGGGCACUAUUUAAUUCCACUCCACAGCGUUCAAGUUUUGAGACAGUUGUUGAGAAUGGUAUCGAUGAUGAUAUAUCUUUAGUUGUCGAUAAACAAAAUGGCAAUCAUAAGGCUGCUGAAGAAGGCGAAGGCACUGAAAACGCCAUCAUCAACCCGGCACCAGUGAGCGAAGAGGAAACAAAUAAUAAUAGUAACGAACAAAUAACCUCGCAAGGCGGAGAUAUCAAUGUUUUAAAAAAUAUAACAUCACAAAACACGCCAGUUCUACACAUGAAACGCGACUUAUUUUUCACGUAUCGCGAACCACAUCCUAAUACUCCAGUGGAGCAGAAUGUACCCGAAGCCAAUGAUUCGCCUAACACAUCUAUGUUGGGUGACCUGGACCUCAGCGCAAUUGCCACAAAUAAUGAGACUCAGCAGUUGGAGCAGCCUCAGCAGCAUGCAUUCAAACUAAAAGGAAGCAUGCUAAAAACUGCCCUGUGCCGUAAAAUGCCAUUGUUUAAGGAUAAUUUCAGCACCUAUCGCGAUUCGAGCGCAGUCUCUUCGCCAGACUCAGACUGUUGCAAUGAUUCGCGUAGCAUAUUGCUAAAUGAGCCUGAACACCUCGACAGUCCGGGGUUCAAAGAGCGUCAUAUUAAAAUUACAGAUACUGAAAAGGGCUUAGAAUUGAUUGGCCGUGAACUGGCUAAGGAACAAAACGUAGAAUGGCGCGAAUAUUGGGACUUUUUAGACUCUUUCAUCAACAUUGCAUCCGAUGAUGGUUUGAGUAAACUAGAAAACUACUUCACACAGCGUCUUAAGGAGGAGGAAAUGACAAAGAAAACUGCACAAGCAAUGGCCAAGUCGGCGGUAAUUUUGGACAGUGUAUGCAAUGCGCUGGAUAAGUUACACUUUCCUGAGAACGGCAGUCUGCAUGAUUUUCGAAAUGGUUUCAAUGAUGAAAGGGCGCGCUUCGCAAACAUGACGGGUACCGGCGAAACAAGUACAACGUCCCCUCAAUCUACAACACCCUACACAUGUGUUGAAAAAUCGGUACAAGUGUUUGCCAAACGGAUGACAAAGACAAUUAUACAUAACAUUGAUAACGUGGUAUCUAUUAAUGACACCCUCCUGUCCGAGUUAAAAAGACUGAAAUCGUUAAUAUGUAGUUUUAAGGAAGAUACGCGUUUCCUAAAUGUAAACUUCGCAAAAGUGCACUCAAGAAUUGGCAAUUUAAUUUCAGUCUACUUGGCAAAUUCACAAGAAGUAACAUCUGCCAUGAAAUCAAAGAUCAAAGGUCUUAUUAAGCACAUGCUUACGCCUGGUGAGCGGCGUGAGCACAUCGAAUGUGUUUGCUGGCGAAUACUUAAAAUGUUGGAGUCACCAACCGAUCAAAUACUGCCCGAACAACUUAAAACCGAAGAAAUGUGUUCAAGUGCGUGGGAGAAGGAACAGGAAUGCGAGUGCCAAUGGGAAACUAAUCUCAGUCGUAAAACAAGUCGACGAAAUCGUAUGGAAGCGCGUUAUCGUAGCCAUCAACAAGCUAAACAACAACACCAGCAGCAACAAGAUUUUCAAAAAGCGAAUUCUAGAAAUGUAGAUGGUAGUAUUGAAUGGCGUGAUCCAUUUCCGUGCAACGACUCGGAUGCAAUGAAGGUUAACGAGCAAUGGCGCGAUCCCGUUGACUGCAAUGAGGGAGGAGGUGAACGAUGGCGCGAUGCCAAUAUACGUGAUGAAUCACCCGAUAACGAUAUCUUUUGGUCCGAUUUUGGAGAUACGGAUUCAGACAAUGAAGAAGAGGUGUGGGCUACGCCACCCGAGAGUCCAUCCCAGUGGAGUUUAAUGGAAGAACCUGAGGAGACAUUCAAGAUUUUUAUAUAUGGCAAUGAACCGACAAAACGCGAUGUGGACGUAUUGAAUGCCAUUAUUCAUGUUGAUAUUGAUAAAACAAAAUAUGCCAACAUACACUCCUGGAAAACUGCAUUGCUACGCUAUCCUAAGGAGGAAAUGGAUGCCUUUCCAUCACUUUCUAUUGUGAAGAAAUCGCACUCGUUUACAAUGCCUCGUACACCACAACGUAAACAAUUCCCGCUUACACCUUUUCCUCAGCGGCAGCCAACAUCGAAAAGUCUUUCGAACACGCCAAUUACAGUCAAGUUAACAGGCACACCGGCUCUACCGUCACAACAGAUGGAUCCAACAGUCAAACAGCGAGUAUUGCCAACAACAGCGAAGCGCCUCUUUGCGCGUCAAACGCUUUCGAACCUAUUGGCGCCCUUCCACGCCAACAACACUCACUAACAACUGUUUUUUAUUUGGUUAUGCGAAGUGUGGCAAGUCCGGUGAUAGUUGCGCAACUUGGAAUAGGAAGUGUUGGGGGCUAAGUUUCAAAUACAUUUUCAAUUACCAUUAAUUUAAAUAUUCAUUGCUGAAGAUAAACUUACAAUAAUGUACUACUUUUAUGUAUGUUCGUAUAUGCGUUAACGUUAUUAAUGAUUUCUGGCUGUAAUCAAACUGAGUUCAUUUGGAAUUUAUCGUAAAAUCUCUAUGCGUAUUUUU